AAGAAAAUGACGUUUGAUAUGUAAUUUGGGCAUUGGAAAGAGGUAUUUUACUUCAAUUUGAUAUUGGAUUUCAGUAGGAAGCAACACAAAUAUCCAAUUUCAUUCAAUUAGUUGUCUUUUGUUUAAGUGUGAAGUUAAUUAAUUCAUAUCCAAUUGUAUGUGUGGAUUUUUCAAAAUGAAGAAUUUUCUCUUGUUAGGAGUAUGUUUACUAUUUUUAAUUGGUUUUGUAAAAGCAGAUGAAAAUAUUGAGACAUCUGCCGGUACUGUUGAUGCUGAUUUAGGAGCUACUAGAGAAGGUUCUAGAACAGAUGAUGAAGUUGUUAAAAGGGAAGAGGAAGCAAUCAAACUUGAUGGACUUAAUGUGGCUCAGCUCAGGGAACUUAGGGAGAGAUCUGAAAAGUUUACCUUCCAGACAGAAGUCAACAGGAUGAUGAAAUUAAUUAUCAACUCCCUGUAUAGAAAUAAAGAGAUAUUCUUGAGAGAACUUAUUUCUAACGCUUCUGAUGCUAUAGAUAAAAUCCGUAUGCUUUCACUCACAGACAAAAAUGUGUUAGAUACGAAUCCAGAGCUGAAUAUAAAAAUAAAAGCUGAUAAAGAAUCUCUGAUGUUGCAUAUUACUGAUACUGGAAUUGGUAUGACAAAGCAAGAUUUGAUUAACAAUCUUGGAACGAUAGCCAAAUCUGGAACAGCUGAAUUUUUGACCAAAAUGCAGGAUCCCAACUCUGCUCAAGAUAUGAAUGAUAUGAUUGGACAGUUUGGUGUCGGAUUCUACUCUGCUUUCUUAGUUGCCGAUAAAGUUAUUGUUACUACUAAACACAAUGAUGACAAACAAUACAUUUGGGAAUCUGAUUCCAAUAGUUUCACUAUUGCAGAAGAUCCUCGUGGAGAUUCUUUGAAGAGAGGUACUACUGUCAGUUUGCAAUUGAAACCAGAAGCCAAGGACUUCCUUGAAGAAGAAACUGUACGUAACCUGGUAAAGAAAUACUCGCAGUUCAUAAACUUCCCUAUUUAUCUAUGGGCUAGCCACACUGAACAAGUAGAGGAAGCUGAUGAUGAUGCCGAAGAAAAGGAGGUAAAAGAAGACAAGAUUGAUGGUGAAGAUGAUGCAGCUGUGGAAGAAGACAAAGAGGAAAAACCUAAAUCGAAGAAAGUUGACAAAACUGUCUGGGAUUGGGAACUUUUGAAUGACAGUAAACCACUUUGGACUAAGAAACCUAGUGAAGUUGAAGAGAGUGAAUAUGAAGAAUUCUACAAAGCAUUAACAAAAGAUACAAACCCAGCACUUGCACAUGUUCACUUUGUGGCCGAAGGAGAGGUUACCUUCAAGUCCCUUCUUUAUGUACCAAAAGUUCAACCGUCUGAAAGCUUCAACAGAUACGGAACGAAAACAGAUAACAUCAAAUUGUAUGUGAGAAGAGUCUUCAUCACAGACGAAUUCAACGAUAUGAUGCCUUCCUACCUCAACUUCAUCAGGGGCGUUGUAGACUCAGAUGACCUUCCUCUGAAUGUUUCAAGGGAAACUUUGCAACAACACAAAUUGAUCAAAGUCAUCAAGAAGAAAUUAGUGAGGAAAGUACUAGAUGCUUUGAAAAAAAUUCCUGAGGCUGACUACGAAAAAUUCUGGAAAGAAUACUCUACAAAUAUCAAAUUAGGUGUAAUUGAAGAUCCAACAAACAGAACUAGGUUGGCUAAGCUCUUACAAUUCUUGUCUUCAAACAAUGGAGAAAACACUUUCCUUAGUGAUUAUGUUAAAAGGAUGAAACCAAACCAGGAUAAAAUCUUCUAUGUAGCUGGAUCUAGUAAAGCCGAGGUUGAAAAAUCACCAUUUGUUGAAAGGCUUCUCCGUAAAGGAUACGAAGUUUUAUACCUGGUUGAAGCUGUAGAUGAAUACGCAAUUUCGGCCAUUCCUGAAUUUGAAGGAAAAAAAUUCCAGAAUGUAGCAAAAGAAGGUUUCAGUUUGGCUGAAGUUGAAGGAAAUAAGGAACAAUUGGAACAACUUAAAACUAAGUUUGAACCUUUAACUAAAUGGUUGAGUUCUGAAGCUCUAAAAGAUGAUAUUGCUAAGGCUACGGUAUCGGAAAGACUGAGCGAUUCUCCUUGUGCUUUGGUUGCCAGUAUGUUCGGCUGGACUGGAAAUAUGGAAAGGUUAGCUGUUUCCAAUGCACAUCAGAAAUCUGAUGAUCCUCAAAGGAGUUACUACUUGAACCAGAAGAAAACACUAGAAAUCAAUCCUAGACAUCCUUUGAUGAAAGAACUAUUGAAGAGAGUUAAUGAUGAUCCAGCCGAUAAGGCAGCCAUAGAUAUGGCAAAGAUGAUGUUCCGAACAGCAACUUUGAGGUCAGGCUUUAUGCUUAAAGAAACGGCUGAUUUUGCUCAAAGUAUAGAAGCCAUGAUGAGAAAAACACUUGGAAUUCCAGUAGAAGAACCAGUAGAAGAGGAGGAUGAUGAAGAAAUACCUGAAGAUGGUAUUCCAGAAGAAGAGAAAGCCGAAAAUGAUGAUGAACAUGAUGAAUUAUAAAGUGUGAAUGUGUGUUUAUAGACUUAAUUUGAAAUAACUAUGAAUUUAUAGUUGCAACCAAGACUGUUUUUCAGUUUUCUACUGUUUAUUUAUAUUGAUUUGAAGAUUGUUUACAUCCAAUAAUUGAUUUAUUAAAUAAAUUAAUUAUUUAGCUAAAA